AUGGAAUGCGCCCUCAGCAAAUUUGCAGCUGACACCAAGCUGAGGGGUGUGUUUGACACAGCUGAUGCCAUCCAGAGGGCCCAGGACAAGCUGGAGAAACUGGAAAAGCUUCUGAGGAUAGAGAGGAGGAAACUCUGGGUUAAUGAAGAGAAAGACAGUCAGUCCCAGCUGGAAGAAAUGAAGAAGAGAUAUUCUGAAAAGGUCAAGGAAGUUGAUAGAUUCCAAAGAGAGGUUGCUGAACUUUCCCAGCAGUUGGACAGGGAACGUGAACAGUGCACGCAGCUGGAGGCCAAAAACCAGGCUUUGCAAGAAGAGCUGUCUGCCCUGCGUGGGGAGUGCGAGAACCUGGCCAUGGACAAAUGCCAGCUGCAAGAAGAGCUGGCAAAACUCCACCAUCAUUUGGAGACCAACAUGGUGGAUCGCAGCCAACUCGAACAGUGUAAAAGAGAGGUGGAAGAACAAGCAGACCAGGAAAUAAGACAAAAACUCCAAGAAGUCAAUGAGUUUUUGCAAGCACAGGCAGCCUACCAGGACACAUUAGAAGAAAUCAGAACCAGUCAUGUGGACUCACUGAAAAAACAGUUAGAAGACAGAAUUAGAGAUCUGGAACGUGCACUGGGAAGGACAAAAAACAACCAAGCAGAAAGACCUUUUCAAAAGGAAUCCACCCAGGCAGAAGUGGACAAGUACAAAGAGCUGUAUCUGGUGGAAGCCAAAACCAGAAAAAGCCUCGCCAAGAAACUGGAAAGAGCUACUGAGAGACUUGCAGAGGCCAACACCAAGCUCUUUUUGGAGCGCCACAGAAGCAGAUCUGCAGUCACAAGCAGCGCUGUCAGCGGACUUCUGGCUGCAAGUCCACUUCUGGAUUCACCUGGCCUGGGACAUCUUGGCAUCAGUUUGGGACUGAGCAGAAGUCUGGGUCUCAGAACACCACCCAGACACCUGUGGUAAAGCCCAAGACUUCUGCUCAUCAGGACAUCCUGUAAGGGACCGUUCAGAUGGAUGGAACAAAUUGCUUCCUUUCCUUAAUUUCGACAUCCACGGCCUAGUAGCCAGUUUCCUUAAUGGUGGCCUUCAAGGUUUGGUAGCAAAGACUCCAAGAUCAGCUCUAACCCAUCCCUACAUUGUUCAGCGACAAUGAUCCUAGUGGUGAAGGCAGCGAAAAUGCUACUUAAAAUUGGAGAGGUGGUGCUGCAUUGGUCCCCUUGUUGUACGAAAGGAAUCGCUGGAGCUUUGGGGACAAGAAGUGCCAACGGCCACGACAACUGUACACAGGCAACAGUAUCGGAGGAACCGAGAUGCUGUGACCCCCAUCCAUCCAUCCAGUACAUCCAUGACAUCAUUGUGGGGGGGGACACAGCAGAAGUUUUUGAGUAAGGACAGAAGAUCAUCCAGAUUCUCCUCGAGGCCGGUUUUGCCAUCAAGAAGAGUAAGGUCAAGGGACCUGCCCACGAGAUCCAGUUCCUAGGGCUGAAAUGGCAAAUGGACGCCACCAGAUACCAACAGACGUCAUCAACAAGAUUGUAGCAAUGGCUCCACCCACAAACAAGAAAGAAACCCAAGCUUUUCUGGGAGCCAUUGGCUUCUGGAGGAUGCACAUCCCAGAGUACAGCCAGAUGGUGAGCCCUCUUUACUUUGUGACCUGUAAAAAGAACAAUUUCCAGUGGGGUCCUGAACAACAACAAGCUUUCAGGCAGAUCAAGCAAGAGAUUGCACAUGCCGUGGCUCUUGGACCAGUCAGGACAGGA